ACGGGAGGCGCAUGCUCAGUAACACUCCAUAGCGUCGAGGGUCUGCGAAGCGAGGCCGCGGCCUGGUGGGUGAAGGGAGAGACUACGAAGGCCAGAGACACGCCGUAAUCCCCCUCGACCAAGGCCUGUCGUUGUCAUGGCUCGGGACGUGAAGAGCAAGCUAUCCAAGAACCUGCUGCGAAUGAAGUUCAUGCAAAGGGGCUUGGAUUUGGAAACCAAAAAGCAGCUUGAAGAGGAAGAAAAGAAAAUAAUCAGCGAGGAGCAUUGGUACCUGGAUCUGCCGGAACUAAAGGAAAAGGAGAGCUUUAUUGUAGAAGAAAGAAGCUUCAUGCCAUGUGAAGACCUCCUGUUUGGCAGAAUGUCAUUUAAGGGGUUCAAUCCUGAUGUUGAGAAGUUAAUGAUCCAGAUGAACUCCAAGUACAAGACAGAAGAAAUCAAAGAGGAAGAUAAUGCAAUGGAGGCUGAUGUAUCGGAUGAAGAAAUGGCCAGAAGGUAUGAAACUUUAGUGGGAACUAUUGGGAAGAAGUUUUUGAAAAAGAGAGAUCGGCAUGUACUACAAGACGCAGAGGAGGAUGAAAACAGGAACACAAGGCCCACCAAAGCGAAGAAAAUGUUUUUAAAAGCUCAGGAUUAAAUGACAUGGAUGCUUGUGUAUCCGUUCGGCCGAGGGAAUCAGUUUUAUUAUUUUUGUAAGUUGCUGGGUCUCAUUACAACUCUGGGACUGAUGCAUUUUUUCUGAGUCAGUGGCUGCGUCAAUGAAUGUUAAAAAUUGCUCUGCGCGUAGUUUUUAGCGUGGGAGUUUUAGCAGUGCAAGGACUGAGUGCUGCGUGAAGUAGAGAGGCUGCCACAUGAUUGAGGAUAGCUUUAGAUUAUGAUUCUUAACUGGAUGUAGAAUAUUUCAAAGACAGGUGAGUUAUGGCCCCGUUGUAAAGGAGAAGCUGCUGGGGAAAUACUUUCCUUUGAAAAAAAAGAAAAGAAUGGGAGAACCUAUUGAUUUAAUUAUCUGAUUUAUAUCCCUGAAAAAUAUUUUACUGGAGUAUUUUUUCAUUAUUUAGGGCAGUUUUAAGGUACCUGGCCUAAUACUUUUGCGGAUUGAAAUUGUGACCCUAAAAAGAGAGAGAGAAAUGGAAAGCAGGGUCACUUCUUUGUGUAGCUAUCUGUUGGAAGGAAUAAAUUCCUUUGGCGUUUUCUUAGAUUUUGAUUGAUUAUAUUUAUUAAAGUUUUCAGAAGAAAAAUAACUACUAAAGCAAAAUAGGUCAUUUGCAAUAAAAGGGUGUCUUUCAUUGACAGUUCAGGUGCAUUGGGUUAUUAUAAUUGGUGUUGCUGUUGUUGUUAUUAAAUUUUAAUGUGUAUAUAGUUAAA